AUGCCAUACGACCCUACCUCGCAGUCGAACAUCGACGAGCUCAAGACAAACCAUAUCCACCUCGACCUCACCGUCGACUUUAGCGCAAAGACCCUGACUGGUUCUGCCGAGCUCGAGCUGGAAGCUAUCACCGACAAAGUCUCCAAGGUCGUUCUCGACACCAGCUAUAUCGACGUCCGCUCUGUCUCAUCUAAUGGAAAAGCACUCCAAUUCGACUUGGCCAAGCGCCAUGAAAAGUACGGGUCGGCAUUGACGAUUACAUUGGGAACGACACUUUCCAAGGGCACCAAGACCAAGGUGAACGUCGAAUAUGCAACCACCCAGGAUUGCACCGCUUGCCAGUGGCUGGAACCCAGCCAGACUGUAGGCAAGAAGCACCCUUACCUUUUCACUCAGUGCCAGGCGAUCCAUGCGCGAUCACUCUUGCCCUGCCAGGACAGCCCUUCGGUCAAAUUGACCUACAGCGCCAACAUCACCACCCCUCUGCGCGCCGUCAUGUCUGCUGUCCCUACCGGAGAGGAUAAGCAUGCUGCUGGUGACAAGACCACAUUCAAGUUUGAGCAGAAGCAGCGGAUUCCUUCGUAUCUGAUUGCGCUUGCUGUUGGAAACUUGAAGGAACGUGAAAUCGGACCUCGCUCAACUGUUUGGACCGAGCCUGAGGUCCUGGAGGCUGCAGCUUGGGAGUUUGUUGACACUGAGAACUUUAUCCGGACUGGAGAGGAGCUUUUGACACCCUAUGAUUGGGGUCGGUAUGACCUUUUGGUUCUCCCUGCUUCGUUCCCCUAUGGUGGUAUGGAGAACCCCUGUUUGACGUUUGUUACACCUUCGCUGUUGGCUGGUGAUCGGUCGCUGGUUGAUGUUGUUGCUCAUGAGAUUGCGCACAGCUGGAUGGGUAACUUGGUCACCACCGAGAACUGGGAGCACUUCUGGUUAAACGAGGGAUUCACUGUGUUUGUGGAGCGCAAGAUCCUGGGACGUAUGAGGGGCAAGGCGCACAGCGAUUUCAGUGCCAUCUUGGGCAAAAAGUCCUUGCAGGAGAGUGUUAACCUCUAUGGACAGGAUCACCCCUUCACCGCCCUUCGUCCUUGCCUCCGCGGCGAGGAUCCCGAUGAUUCUUUCUCUCGUGUUCCCUAUGAGAAGGGAUUCAACUUGUUAUACUACUUGGAGAACCAUUUGGGUGGCGCCGAGGUCUUUGAGCCUUACCUGCGUGCUCAUGUCCAAGAGUUUGCAGGACGUUCGAUCAACACGGAUGAUUGGAAGGCUUUCUUGUACUCGUUUAUGGAAAAGACCUUUGGCCAGGAGAAGGUCGAUCUCUUGAACAAGGUUGACUGGGAGGCCUGGUUGGCCGGCACCGGCAUGCCCCCAGUGGAUAACAAGUUUGACGACACGCUCGCAAAGGCAUGCACAUGCCUCUGCAAGAAAUGGGACGACUCCCGCCACACAAACCCACCUACAGGAUUCUCCACCGAAGAUAUCAAGGAUUUUUCAUCAACCCAAAAAGUCGUCUUUCUGGAAAAUGCCACUGAACUGGUCCCCUUGCCCCACGGGCAUUUGGACACGAUGGACAAACUCUAUGAACUGACGAACGUUCGCAACUCGGAGAUCCGCCUGCGUUGGCAUCUGUUAUGCUUGAAGGCUGAUUAUGAAAAGAUCUAUCCGGAAGUUGUCGCGUUCGCGUCGUCUAUGGGCCGGAUGAAGAUGUGUCGACCUUUACUUCGGUCGCUUUACAAGGCCAAGAACGGUGCUGAACUGGCACGGGAAACAUUCAUCAAGCACAGAUCGUUCUUCCACCCCAUCGCAGCCGCCAUGAUCGCCAAGGACCUCGGUCUCUCCAAGUAA